AUGUCAAUCAAUCCGAGUAUCAGGGUCCACUCUCACGUGUCGCCGCCACUGCAUUCAAGUCACUUUAAUGAUAUCCAUGAUUUCCCAAAAAUGGCGGAAACCUCUCAUACACCAGUGCCUCAUCCAAUCUCUCCAGAGAAUCACUCUGUCUAUGGUGUCAACUGUACCACAGCAUCCCCUUUUCAAUUCCAGCCAUUCCAAAGUACCUACCAGUCUACAACAGACUAUCCCACACCUGUACCUAUUUCUGCACCAGUUGUCUCCCAAGACGCGUUUCUCUUCCAACCACAGCAAUGGGCAUUCUCCAAUCAAGACCCAAUCCCCAAGCAAGAUCAUUCUGUCACAACUCAUUCAGUCACACCCAUCCAUCAAGAUGACUGGUUUUCUCCCUUGAUCGAAAGUGUACCAUUGAAUACAAGCAUCACUCAAUCACAUCAGCAGUCUCAGAUUGAAAGUCUCCAACGCCAGCUAGAGGAAUCAAAGUAUCUAGAGGAGCAGUACAAGAUCCGUAUGCAGCAAUUGAUGUCCAUUGUAGAUCGUCAGACCAAAAGGAUUCUUGAAUUGAGAGAGGAGGUCACAGUUCUCCGUCAAGGAGGACCCAUGUCAAUGGCAUCUCCUCCCUAA